UCUUUCAUUUUCUCUCAGGACGUAAAAGAGGUGUGGAGGUGUGGAGAAAGAGUCUGACGAACGACACACUGUGGCAACAUUAGUCUCAUUUUUUCAGCGUGGAACACAGAGGACAGACACUCAGCACAGAGAAUCAGUGCAUGAGACAACAUGGCUUACGUCAUUAAUCAGGCUGCGCCCCCUCCUAUGAUCAUCGAGCAACAUCAACCUCAAAUGAUCAUCGAGCAGGCUCCACCUCCUAUGAUCAUCCAGCAACCUCAACCUCAAGUGAUCAUCGAGCAUCCUCCACCUCCUGUAUACGUCCAGGCCCCACCAGCGAUGGCAGUGGUCAAUGCUCCGGCUCCUGUGGCGAUUCAGGCUCCUAUGAAAUCGUUACCUGCUGCGACAUUUUGUAGAUUCUGCCAACAGCAGGUGGUCACGGUAACUAAACCUAUCAAUGGAGUCCUCACCUGGAUAGUGGUUGGGACGCUCUUCUUCUGCCUCAUUUGGCCUUUCUGCUUGAUUCCCUUCUGCGUGUCUUCCUGCAAGGACAUCAAACACACAUGUCCAAGAUGCAACAACGUCCUUCACACAUACAAACGGGUGUGAGAUGCUUUUCCUGCAGGAGAAACUUGGAGAACCUGGAGAACAUCAUAAUAUCUAAUAAGGGCUGUAGAAUAAGUCUUUUUUUUUUUAUUGGGUAUAUUGCAGUGUGAAGACAUUGUAUUAGUUCUGCUUCUAGAUAAAUGACUACAGCUUAACUGCGGAAAUCAGACAUUUAACUUCAAAUUCAGGAGAAACGAGAAGAAUGGAAGUGCAACAUCAUCAAUGCACUUUGAUGAAAAACUAAUGGAGGAAAAACAGAAAUUUUGUGAGACUCGAACUGAAGUGGGCGUGCACAUAAAGUGCACAUUUAUUAUAAAGUGCAAUUAUUUUGUGUGUCAUCCAAUUAAGUAACUGCUUUUAUUACCUCAUCGAUAACAUGACCAGUCACCAAUUAGUACGAGUGAACCAUCAUUCUGUUAUAUGACCUAAAUGAUCAAUCCAAAUAGCAAAAUGUUUAUAUAAAAUAUAUGAAAAAACUAUUAAGUAAACUAAUGAAUAAAUAAAUAAACGAAAAAAAAAAUACUCUUACAACUUACUACUAAAAUAAGGUGUUCAAACCCUCCACUGGCGUCCUGAAGCUGCUGCAUCAGAUUUAACUAAGAUUAAGAUUAAGAUUGACUUAAAAAAAAUCUCCGCCUCAGUGCAGUAAUCAAAUGCCUGAGUAAUCCUAAACCUAAUCCUAAUAUAAUCUUACCUAACCAUAACCUAACCACAUCAUUAACCCCAAUUCUACUCUUUACCCUAAUCCUAAUCCUAACCCUAACUUAAACUUUAAACCUAUAUGAUUGAUUAAACCACAGGUUUUUUUUGUAUCUGCUUUAACUUCUGCUGAAUUUAGUUCUUCAUCUUUUUACACGUUUCUGCUUUGAGUUUCGAACAGAAGUCGAUCUGAUACGGAAUAUUUUACAGAUCGCUUUCUGACAGCCCAUUGUUCAGCAUGAGAACGAGUUCUGUGACAUUGUAGAAAUUCUUUUCACCUUCACUGGUAAAAACGUCAGGGCUCUUUCCUCACACGUGGCACUUGUGUAUGAUUAUUGUGAUUGAACUGGUCUAGACAAGCUGUUUUUAAUGAAAAGAAUUGUCUUGAAAGUGCUGCUUUAAAACUCAAGCUGUAUUAACGGAAUCGAAAUGUUUUUAUUAUGUGUUGGAUUCAAACGGAGUGUCCCUUCCUUGUUACAUGGGUUUUUAAUAAUGAUUAAAAUAAUGCAAUGUAAAACCAGA